ACGUGUUGUGUGUGUUGGUGUGUGUGUGUUGCGGGGCCUGGAGUGCUGCUAGGGGUGUUGAGAGAGGCCUCCUGACUGUGUGUGUGUGUGUGUUUGUUAGAGAGAGAGAGAGAGAGAGAGAGAGAGAGAGAGAGAGAGAGGUGUUAGUGUGUGUGUGUGUGUGUGUGUGUGUUCACCAUGAGGGUAUUACUGAGGGGUUUCCGGUCGCCCUUCCCUGCUACCUACAAAUUUAUAGCAAGAACCAUGACCACCAAGCCAACACCAGAGUCCCCACCACCACCACUGCCAUCAGACGGGGCACAGGCAGUGUCGGAGGGGCGGGGGGGCAAGCAUCUCAAGAUCACCGCUCAGCAAUCCCGGCAGCCUGUGACUGCCGCAGCAACAGUCACAGCACUGCGCCAGGCCUCCCCGAGUGUGCGCUGCAUCACCCUGACUGUCCAUGACCCUACUGUGACGUUCAAGGCGGGGCAAUGGGUAGAUCUGUUCAUCCCCGGGCAGGAGGUGGUGGGGGGUUUCUCCAUGGCCUCCCCCCCCUCCCAGCUGGCCGGGGAGGGGGUGAUGGUGUUGGGGGUGAAGUACUCCAAGUGGCCCCCCGCGCGAUGGGUCCAUGAAGAGUGUGAGGUGGGGGCCGAGGUGGCAAUACGAGUGGGGGGGGACUUCCACUACCCACCCCCGCCACACUCACCCCCCUCACCCCAACAGCAAGAAGAGGGGGUCAUUGGAGGGGAAGACCUACCCCCCUACCCCCUCCUCUUGGUGGGGGGCGGGGUGGGGGUGAAUCCUCUGGCCUCCAUACUGCUGCAGCUGGGUAGGGGGGAGGGGGCGGGGAGGGGGGUUGAGGGGGUGUUUCUCUACUCCGCAAGAUCAUAUGAAGAGCUUUUGUAUAAGGAGGAGAUGAACGCAGUAGCCGAGAAUAUAAAGAACCUCGAGAUACGAUAUUUUACCACAAGAGAACCUCCGCCUGAUCCAUCCUUAGCCACCUACGGCCGCAUCAGCCCCCAGGCCCUGACACAAGCUGCCCGGGCCCUGACGCACCCCCACCCCCCCCUGUGCUACCUCUGCGGCCCGCCCCCCAUGAUCGAGGACAUCUGUCAGCACCUCGUGGCCGCUGGCGUACCCCGGGGGAGGGUCCUGUACGAGAAGUGGUGGUGAUGAUGGUGAUGGUGGUGGUGAUAAUGAGUUUUUUUUUUUUUUUUUUUUAUUAUGAUUUUUUUUGCUUUGUCUGAUUAUUAUUGUUUUUCUUGUUUUUUUUUUUCUCUUAGUUGUUUAUUUUGUUUAUUUUCUCUAUUAUUUUUGUUUAUUUUAUGCUAUGAUUGUUGUUGUUAAUGUUUUUUUAUGACGAUCAGUGAGUUCUUCUUUUUCGUCUUUCUUCUUCUUUGGUGAUAUUUUUUUUAUUUUGGUGCGUAUUUUUUUGGUUAUUUUGUCUUAUUACUUGUUUUUUGUGGUUGUUAUUGUUUUGGUGAGGAUGGCUUCUUUUUCUUCUUCCUCUUCUUCGUCUUUUUUCUUCUCUAUAUCCUUCUUUUCUUUCAUAUCUUCCACUUUUUUCCGUUUUUCUUCUUCUUCCUCGUGUUUCUCUCUAUUCUCUUCCUCUUUUUUUAUUUGUCCAUCGUUUUCUUCCUAUUCUGAACUGUCAUUUAGUUUUGUCUUUCAUUAUUAGUCUCCAGUUUCCCAUUUUUUUCAUUCUUUUCAAUUAUUUUCUUUUUUUACUUUCUGAUCAUUAUUAUUAUUAUUAUUAUUAUUAUUAUUAUUAUUAUUAUUAUUAUUAUUUUUUGUGUAUUUCACUUAUUUAAACCUAUUUAUUGUAUGGUAAUUCUUGCUGAAACGGGUUAUUUUAAUUCAAUUUGUAAAUACUGUAAUUAUCAUAGAAAUACAACGAGUGAAAUAAA